GAGAGGGAGAGAGGGUUGAGGUGAGUCUCGGCGCAGGUCUUUGUUUAAGAACAUACGCACAGCCAAACUCUCAUCUUUCCCUCACACCAUUUAGUGUGAAAGUGAGCAGCAAAAAGAGAGUGAAAGAGAACACAUACACAUACUCAUCUACAUAUCAAUGGAUUUUGAUGAUGAUGAUUUCCAUCUGGAAAAUCCAUUCUCAAAUUCCAACGACGACGGCACCUCCUUCCCUUUACGACUAUUCCACACAGAGACCGCUCACAUGCCUUCCAACACUUACAUUCAGACUCUCUCAACUGCUCCACGUCUUCGCCGCCGUCGUUGGCGUAUCGUCUCUUUAAUCCAAUACUGUUCCCUGAAUUUUGAUCCCUUCUCAUCCUACCUCGCUAUCAAUUACAUGGACCGCUUCCUCUCCACUUCCCGCUACUGCAUCCCACUCGAUGGGAAGCCAUGGAUCUUGAAUCUUGUUGCUGUUUCCUGCGUUUCCUUAGCUUUGAAGAUGAGGAAGAUGGAGUUUUCUAUUUCUCAUUUUCAGCAUGACGAUGUAGGCAUGAUUCUUCAUCCGCACACAGUAGAAAGGAUGGAGAUGUUAAUUCUUGGAGCUCUAAGGUGGCGGAUGCGAUCAAUAAAUCCCUUUUCUUUUAUGAGUUUUUUCCUCUCAUUUUUCCAUUUGGAGGACACUAAAUCAGCUCAAGAAUUGAAAGAGAGGGCAACUCACAUUAUCCUCAUGGCUCAAAAUGAUAUCAAAUUACUCGAGUUCAAACCGUCCAUCAUCUCAGCUUCGGCCCUUCUCUCUGCUGCUUACGAACUGUUUCCAUUGCAACUUCCAUGUUCCAGAAAUUCUAUUUCCAGCUGUGAAUACGUAGAUAAGGAUGACUUAUUCAAUUGCUACUAUCGAAUGCAACAAGCAGUAGUUGCAACAAUGGACGACUAUGAAUCAAUGGUGGAAAUGGGUUCAUGCACUCCGAAAAAUGUGCUCGACGCGCAAUGCAUUAGCUCUUCAUCCUCGGAGAAUAAGCAAAUCAGCGUGAUUGAAAAUGGCGAAAGUAGGGGUCUGAAACGUCGAAAAACUUCAGAUUGCAGCUGAUCAGAAAAAAUUCUGCAUGCCGUCUCAAAGUCAACAGCAACUACUGGUCAGAAUGAAUAAGAACAGGAGAAUAAUAGAGAAAAUAUUAACAGAAAAAUGUGUGUAUAUUUUUGGACUGGCCUUUUUAAUAGGAACAUUAGCUUUGCAUUCAGGUGGGAGAGGAAAAUGUGUUUAAUUUGUAUGUUAUAUCUUAGAUGGAAAUGGUUGGUAGGAGUAUUUGGAAUUUGAUUUUGAUGAAUAGGAAUUAUUAAUGCUUUUUAAGGUAUCAAACUCUUUUA